GUAUACUAUGCAAAAAAGAAACGAAGAGCACAACAGUACCUGGGCGACGACGGUUCACACAAGAAAGAGAGAAAGCUAUACAACGACGGCUAUGAUGACGAUAACCACGACUACAUAAUCAAGCAGGGAGAGAAGUUCCUCGACCGGUACGAGAUUUCGUCGCCUAUCGGCAAGGGCUCCUUUGGACAGGUUGUGAAAGCGUAUGACCACGAGGAGCAGUGUCAAGUAGCGAUAAAAAUAAUUAAGAAUAAGAAACCCUUCCUAAACCAGGCACAAAUAGAAGUCAAGUUACUAGAAAUGAUGAACAGGGCAGAUGCCGAAAAUAAGUAUUAUAUAGUGAAACUGAAGCGUCACUUCAUGUGGCGGAACCACCUGUGCCUCGUGUUCGAGCUGCUGUCGUACAACCUGUACGAUUUGCUGCGCAACACAAACUUCCGCGGCGUCUCGCUUAACCUCACGCGCAAGUUCGCGCAGCAGCUCUGCACCGCGUUAUUGUUCCUUAGUCAACCAGAAUUAAAUAUAAUUCACUGUGAUCUUAAGCCUGAGAACAUUUUGCUAUGCAACCCAAAAAGGUCAGCUAUCAAAAUUGUCGAUUUCGGCAGUUCGUGUCAACUAGGUCAAAGGAUAUACCAAUACAUUCAGUCAAGGUUCUACCGGUCGCCGGAGGUCCUAUUGGGAAUUCCGUACGAUCUCGCAAUAGACAUGUGGUCAUUGGGAUGUAUCCUGGUAGAAAUGCACACUGGGGAGCCUCUGUUCAGUGGAGCUAAUGAGCUCGAUCAAAUGAACAAGAUAGUCGAAGUAUUAGGGAUGCCGCCUGACCAUCUACUCGAUCAGGCGCAUAAAACUAGGAAGUUCUUUGACAAAUUACCGGCGUCAGAGGGCGGUGGUUACGUACUGAAAAAAGUCAACGGAAAGGAUGGCAGCGGUUACCGUAAAUACAGACCGCCUGGCACGCGGCAGUUACACGACAUACUGGGAGUUGAGGGUGGCGGCCCGGCCGCCAGGCGCCGCGGCGAACCCGGUCACUCCGUCUCCGACUACCUCAAGUUCAAGGACCUCAUUCUCCGUAUGCUGGAGUACGAUCCGAAGCAACGCGUGACGCCGUACUACGCGUUGCAACACAACUUCUUUAAACGCACCGCGGAUGAAUCCACCAAUACGCAGCAAGCCCAGUCGCACCAUCAACAUGUGGGCGGCGCACGUCUAUGGGGCCCGACGGAGCGUAUGGAAGUGGAGGGGGUACGUCGCGACGACGAUAUGUUGCAGCCCGUGUGCCAGCUACAGCACAGCCCCGUCGCGAUACACUAG